CACCUGCAAUCUUGUUUAUACUCACGUUCACUAAAGAGUAUUUAAGAAUGAAAGAAGUACAGGAAGACAUGAACAGUUAGAGCCUCAUCCAGUCUCUGUGUACGUAACCCACUGUAUCCCCGGCCUCUAAUAUCUCAUGACGGCCUGCUGCGCCUCGGGAGCCAUGAGGCGCUAGUUUUAGACUGUCGCCUGGCUGCAUUCAACCGUUUAUAUGGAUCUCUUCAACCCCGCUUCCUCUCUCCGUCUGACUGAUUUUUCACUAAACUUGGCGUUCGCCACAACAAUAGAGAUUCUUAGCCCUUCCACAACUCAAACCAUGUCAGGGCAAACACUCAGCAUUGACAUCUGGCGUCUCACCCUCGAGCAGGUCGAGAGGGAAGACCUCUACGAACUCUGCCUAACCUCCAAAAUCUUCAAUUCCGUCGCAACCCCCCUGCUCUAUCGCACUAUCCCCCUCGUCGCCCUCGAGCCAGACCCACUGGGAACCCUACCAUGGCACAAGCGAGAGGAGCCCAUUUUCACAUCCAAGGGGUUCCCGCUCAGACGACAGUGGCACCUUCUCUCGCGGCUCGAGGACGAGCGUAACGACACGCUGAGGAACUACGUGCAGGAGCUGGAUCUCUCUACUACUUUUUGUCCUGGGCAGCUCGAUCACCGGUUCUUGAAACACCUGCUUGAAAAUGAUCGGCUCCCGAAAUUGAUCGGGCGACUGCCGAAUCUCCGCAGGGUCACGCUCGAUGUGGAAGAGCUUCAAACCGAGGACGUCAUUCGUGCAAUAGCACAGCAUCCCAGGAACCCAGAGCUGAGUCUGCGGACCUACAUUAACGGCGACAAGACGUUUUACACUCAAGCGCAAGCAGCCCGACCCCUCCCCUGCGUAACAAGUCUCCAAGUCUCCGUAAGCCCCUUCGACCAGCGCAACGCCGAAAACCAGUAUGUCCUCGCCGCCCAAAGGCUCAUAUUCAACUGCCCGAACCUGCGCGCGUUGUCACUCACGCUCUGGUGGCAAUACGGCGGCUGUGUCAUCUCCAUGCCACGAUACCCGAUCACGACUUCGUUCCAGUUUACGGGCGACGAAGUCUUCCCACCCAUCGAGUCGCUCGCCCUCGAUGGAUAUGGGGAUAGGUUGAGCGAGGGCGAGUGGACGCACUGGCGCGAUCGGCUCAACUGGUCGAAGCUGUCGAGCCUUACGCUGGGGCCGCAGGAUGCCUCUGGGAUUUUGGACCGCGUUGCGGGGUACGCGAGGGCGCUUACGUCGCUCGGGGUCAGUGCGUAUGUAGAUGAGAGGGGUCAGAAUCGCGCGGGGCUUGAGGCGCUUCUGCAGGCCUUUGGGUCGUUGAAGACGCUCAAGCUUGACGGGUAUAUUUGUUCUGUUAGGGCAAUUGCUCAGCAUAAGGAUUUGGAAGAGCUUUGGUUACAUGAGGAUGAGUCGGCUGCGGCUGGGAGGGAGCGGAUGGUCUUAACGGUGGCUGAUCUUGAGUAUCUCGAUAAUGAGUGCCCGAGAUUAAAGACGUUGAAAGUCGAUAUCAAGCGCAGCGACGAUAAACUGCCCACGGACGUCCUGUCAAAGCUUGCAACUGGGUUCAAGAACCUACAAUCGCUCUCGCUCCACUUUGAGCUCGGCCUCCCAGACACAAAACACCCUAUAACCCCAACAAUAAACUACGCCUCCAUCCGCAGCAUCGCGCAAUCCUUCUUCACCGAGCGCAAACAAGCCGGCCUCAACACGGACACAUUCACCCUCACCCUCUGGGCCGGAAGUUCCCACCGCCGGUGGCCGCAAUGGGAACCACGCUACGUGUCCUUCGAAAAGCUGUAUACCGCGACGUACGAGAUCCGCCUCCCGGCGGGGAAAGACAGCGGCGAGGUGGAUGUGCGGCACUUGGAGAAGGAGGAGCUGGACUCCCUGGAAUCCAGGCCCAGUCAGAGGAAGCGCAAUGGUCUUGGGGUCUUUGGGAAUCAGGUGUUUUGGGUUAUGGAGCUUCGCAAGCGGGUUGAGGCUGCGGUUGAGGGGCCGCCGAGGGAGUAG